CUUCACCUAGUCUGUCAUAUGAUACAGCAUCUUCGCAUAAAGUUGUACGAUCUUCUUCUUAUGGGCCACUUGAUAAUUAUGUAAUUCGACUAUUGUCAAAACAAGAUAAAGAAACAUUUGAGAUUCUUUUGCUAAGAUUAACACUUCCAGACCAUAGAAUUCUUGGUGAACAAAUUUUAAAUGCUGCUGUUUCUAAACAAAAUGAAACAAUGCUCAAUGAACUCUGUCAAGAUAAAAUUGUUAUUAUAUUAUCAUUUGACGGAUGGACGAAUGUGAAGAAUGAGCAAUUAUUAGGUAUAAUGAUUACUACUUCAGAAGGCAACCUACAUGUAUGGAAGGCAAUCGAUAUUAGCCUGAAAAGAAAAUUGUAUAUUGAAGUAAUUGAAAAAACCAAAGCGAUGAUAAAUGAGUUAAAAAAUAUGGAAACGAUCUUGCGAAUCGCUUCUAAGGGCGCCCCAGGUACAACAAUGAAACCCCUAGAAACAAACGAGGGGGUCGAGAGUAAAGGCGAGGUUGUGUCUCUGGAGAAUGAAG